CCCCAUCGCUCCACGCAUCCGCAACCACCACCCAACAUGGUCCUCAACAACAACGUCCCCACCCCCGAGCAGGUCGAAGCCGACUGGAAGGUGCUCGAUUUUAACGGCAACGGCAUCCUGUCACUUGCUGAGAUUGACAAAUACUUUGUCGAGCGAUACCCCAACUCCUUUGGCCAGGACAAGCCCGCCCUGAUGCGCGCCUACAAGGGUGCCGACAAGUCCAAGGAUGGCUUCAUUGAGAAGGACGAGUUCCACGAGCUCGUCCGUCUGCUGUUCUACUACGACCAGAUUUACCAAAUCUUCGUGAAGCUCGACACCAACCACGACCACCGCAUCGACUUUAAAGAGUUUGCUGCCGGCCACAGUCGCCUCGGCCUCCCUGAUGCCGACUCGGCCGCCAUCCGAAGAGAGUUUGACGCCAUCGACGAGAACCACGGCGGAUACAUCCUCUUCAAGGAGUUUUGCCACUUCAUGGCCAAGAAGGCCAAGGACCACUUCCACCCUUGAGCGGGUGGCUUUCUCCCGAGCGUCGUGUGCUUGGUUGGUCGCUUGUGUCGAAUAAAUGCGAUUGUCGAAUACAGCGUUUCCAAAAUGAAAUGGGACACCCCCGGUUUUAACCAGGACAGUGUGUUUUCUGGAACCUGAAUACACCCGCCCACUCAUCGCA